AUGUAUUCAAUUCGCAAGGGGCCUCGGGUGCCGGAAGGGCCGGGCUUGCGUCAACUGCCACUAUCCCCAUCAGCGUGUCCAGCCCGACAAGCGGCAGCGCGAGUUCAGCAGGACCUUGACAAACGAGGAGUUCUUCGGCCUUCUGGCCGUCCUUGCGCGCGGGAGGGCGCAACAAGAUGGCCUCCAAGUCCAAGAUGUGGGCUUCCUGCUUGCAGCGCUGGAGGUGCGGGCAGGGCUGACACCACCAACGAAGCCGACGAAGCAGAAGGAUCGGCUGCUCUGCAACCUGCGGAAGGUCAUUCAGUCCAUGAGCUUCUCUGA